GGCGCAGUCUGGGUCGCUUUCCCAACAAGACGCCAUGGCCGAGCUCGGCAGUCCGGAUGGGCCAGACGACAUGGCCGAGGUUCUUGUUCAAAUGGAAAAUGGCAGUGUGAUGUCUCGUUUUUACGCCGGAAGACGCAGGCCGGAGAAGAAGACGGUCGUGUUGAAACAAGGUGUAUUCGAGAUAGCAUGGUACGGAGGUGUACGACAAGGCAGGACGUCAACUGCAGUGCCAGAGGGAACAGUUGAGCUGCGAGAAGUGGCGGAGGUGCGCAAAGGCAAGAACUCGCGUGAUUUCGAGAAGCAACAGAACGAGGCCGACCGAUGUGACGCCGAUUCAUGCCUAGUUAUACUCUAUGGAAACGAAUUCCGCUUGAAGACCCUCAGUCUUGUAGCUCUGGGUAAGACCGAGCGUGAUGUGUGGGUGCGGGGCAUCAUGCAUCUGAUCAGCAACACCAGGAACUUCACGUACGCGUUGACUGUCAACAGGUGGCUGCUCAGGGAAUUCCGGAGUCUAGACAGGAACGGAUCAAACACGCUGGGCUUGGGAGAGGUGAAGAAGUUUUUACAGAAAGCGAAUACGCGUUGCCCUAAUCCGAGAGUGCGUGCAAUAUUCAACGAGGUGGACAGAGCUAGGGCGGGCUAUAUCAAUUUCGAUGGCUUUCAAGAGCUUUACAGGAUGUUUCUCAGCACGUCAGGGAUAACGGAAGGUCGGUUUGACAUGUACCUGAAGGACGGUCAAAACAUGACGCUUCACGGCUUUCAAGAGUUUCUUCUAAACGAGCAAGCGGAGGCUCGAGCUGCUGACAUUGGUUUUUGUGAGGAUCUUAUGAUUAGCUUUUUUGGUGGCCGACCUGCUGGGGAACUCUACUUUACGUUGGAAUGGUUUGUGGAUUUUCUGUUCUCGAAGCAUAACAGUCUUUUUAAUCCAGACCACGGCAAACUUUUCCAAGACAUGAACAGACCGUUGUCUCAGUAUUGGAUUGCUUCAUCACAUAACACGUAUCUUACUGGCGAUCAGUUUCAGAGUGAAUCAUCAUGUGAGGCUUAUGCACGGUGUUUACGAAGUGGAUGCAGAUGCAUUGAAUUGGACUGCUGGGAUGGUCCUGAUGGCAAUCCUAUUAUUUUUCAUGGACACACACUUACCACCAAGAUUAAGUUCAAGGAUGUGCUCAAGACAAUAAAGGAACACGCUUUUGUUUCUUCGCCUUUUCCUCUCAUCUUGUCAAUUGAGAAUCACUGCUGCUUGCAGCAACAGAAAGUCAUGGCAAGAGACUUUAAGGAAACGUUUGGAGACAUGCUUCUGAUGCAGCCUGUUGAUCCAAAUGCUGAAAUGUUGCCGUCGCCUACUGUUUGCCGAAAGAAGAUUAUAAUUAAGCAUAAAAAGCUGCCACCUGGUGUCGAUGAGAAAAAUUUUACUCUCCAGCCGAAAUCUGUUGAAGACAUGGAGUUGUCAGAGAUGAUGGAUUUGAGUGACUCAAUCAAACAGGGAUAUCUGUUACUAGAGGAUCCUGUAGACAAGGAGUGGAAUCGUCAUUACUUUGUACUUACACCUCACAGCUUGUACUUCACUCAUGCACAGGAAAAAACACAAGAAGAAACAGAAGCUGAGGAGGUAAUAGAUGAAGAGAAGGAUCGUGAAAUGCAUUACAAUGAGAAAUGGUUUCAUGGAAAAUUGGCUGGUGGACGAAUCACUUCAGAGAGAUUGCUUAAAGACUUUAAUGGUCCAGAUGGCUCGUUUCUUGUGAGAGAAAGCGAUACAUUCAUGGGAGAUUACACUCUUUCAUUCUGUCGAAGGGGAAGAGUAAAUCAUUGUAGAAUUCGCUCUCGUACAGAAGACGGGCGCAUAAAGAUGUAUUUAACAGACAACGUGAGCUUUGACAAUCUCUAUGCUCUCAUUGAACACUACCGGCGAUCACCACUGAAAGCAGCCGACUUUGAGAUGAGUCUUACUGAGCCAGUUCCACAGCCAAAACGACACGAGGAGAAACCGUGGUUUCACAAGAUCAGUCGUCAAGAUGCUGAGGACAUGUUAAAGAAAGUCAGAGAGGAUGGCGCAUUUCUGAUACGGCAAAGUCAAACAGCAGCCGAUGCUUAUGCUGUAUCUUUCAGAGCGGAACACAAAAUAAAACAUUGUCGUAUUCAUGUUGAUGGCCGACUGUACACUAUCGGAACUGCACAGUUUGAGAGCUUGUCAGAGCUUGUGGAAUAUUAUGAGAAGCAUCCACUGUAUCGCAAGAUGAAAUUGAAAUAUCCCAUCAAUGAACAGAUUUUGAUGAAGAUUGGCGUACCUGGAGAAGAAGACGACGAAGACCAACCAUUGUAUGAAGCAUCCGUGUACCACGAUCCAAAUGCAUUUACACAAGGCGUGACGGUUAGGGCUUUGUAUGACUACAGAGCACAGCGAGCUGAUGAGCUCUCAUUCUGCAAGCAUGCUCUAAUCAUCAAUGUGGAGAAACAUGAUGGCGGCUGGUGGAAAGGUGAUUACAAUGGGAUGUCACAACGGUGGUUUCCUUCCAACUACGUCGAAGAAGUUGAAAUGGAAGCAGCAAAGGAGUCUCCUCUUGGUAGUGUUCAGCAGGGUUCGGUAGACGUUCAUGGUUGUCAUGUUGAAACUGCAAAUACUCGUAGUGAGCAACCUUUUAUUUUUCGCAUCAUGCCGGCUAACGCCAUCGGAGAUCGAACCAAGCAACUAGAAGUAGCCGCAGAGGGUGCAGAAGAUCUGAGUAGCUGGGUCAGUGCUAUUCGUGAUGCAACUCAAAAUGCAGCUGAUAAGAAACGUGAAAGAACACUUUUAGAGCAGAAACGAGGUAUUGCACAAGAACUGUCUGAUCUAGUUGUGUACUGCAGAACUGGAUCCAACUUUGAUCUCGAUGGAAUGCCUGGAAAGUACUAUGAAAUGGCGUCAUUCUCUGAAACAAAAGUAGAACGUAUUCUGAAAACAAGAGCCUCUCGCUUUGUCACGUACAACUUUCGACAACAUAGUCGUAUCUAUCCCAAAGGCAGUCGUGUUGACUCGUCUAACUAUGACCCGACACCAAUGUGGAAUUGUGGAGUGCAGAUGUGUGCUCUCAAUUACCAGACUCCCGAUAAGCCGAUGCAACUGAACUACGGAAGAUUUCUCUCAAACGGCGGAUGCGGAUAUGUCUUGCAACCCGAGUGUAUGCGGGAUCCUGCAUUUGAUCCAGCAAAACGAGAAUCGGUUAAUUUAGUCGAACCUGUGGCGUUGAGUAUAGUGAUUCUUGGUGCGAGGAACUUGGUGAAGUUUGGCCGAGGAAUUUCAUCUCCUUUUGUUGAAAUCGACAUUGUAGGUUUAGAUUGUGACACUCAAAAGUAUAAAACACCAGUGAAACGUACGACUAAUAUUCUUUGUAAUUUCAAUUGUGUUACUUGUACUGUGAUUGUUAUAGCUGACAAUGGGCUUAACCCUGUAUGGAACUUGCAGUGUGAGUUUGACAUUGAGAAUCCAGAUAUGGCUCUUAUCCGAUUCCAAGUACAAGAUGAAGACAUGUUUGGAGAUCCAAAUUUCUUAGGACAAGCUGUGUAUCCUAUUUCAAGUCUUAGGAGAGGUUAUCGUAGUGUCAUAUUGAGGAAUGGAUACAAUGAAGAACUGGAACUGUCACGUUUACUGGUUCAUGUUGAUACAAGAAAUGCAAAGGGUGAUGAUGAAGAUCUCUACUCUUCCAUCCAGGGCCUUCGACAUCAAAUGGCACGUAUCUCAUCCGAGAUCUCACAGGAGGCCAAGCAGAAUAAGAAGAUAGUUGCUAAUGGGCGUGUUCAGAGUGAAACUUCAGUUCGCAAGCUAGAGCGGUUAAGUGAGGAAUUGCGCAAGACACAAGGUCUGUUGUUUGAAAAUCAGAUGAAGCGUGAGAAGCAAAGGCAAGAUCAAAAAGGUGGAAGUGCUCGUACAAAGCGCCCGGUAUCUACUCGAGUACGCUAGCUACUCUUUAAUGAGAUAAUAUACGUUAGUGGAAAACUUCAAGUUGUUAUUUAGUUCAAUCAGCUAGGUGCUGGCCAUUACUAAUGCAGGCCAAACAUGUAGAUUGUGGCUGUGUUUCAACUUGGGCAUUUACUAUAAGAUGUCAUGACACACAUGACUGAACUGAAUGAUGGCACACAUAUCUGAACCAGCGAUGUUGACUUGUGUUUGGUUAUGUGCUUUUAUGAUUUUGUAUGCUUUAUCGUUCUAUA